CGUCAAAAAACCCCUCAGCCCUGGUAUGCAUAUGCCUUCGGGGAGGACGCUUCCGGUCCCCGGUGCCGGAAGUGAAAGUGGAGAAAGAGUGGGAUCGAACCUCGAGUAUGAGAAAGCGGAAGUAAACAAGUGGAGUUGGUUGUCCAAAUCGUUAUGCGGAGGGGUCCUCUGAUAAUACGGCCCUGCGUAUGCCGUCAGGCAGGUUCCCCCUGGACUCAGAGAAGGAUUCUGUGUAGGCUGGAAGCCUGCGCGCUUUCCGUAACAGCAGAAUUAGACCAGUGCGGUUAAGAACCCUCCGCUGGGCUCUUUCUUUGAAUACAGAGGAAGCAUUUAACAUGAAGGGCAGCCAAGAAAAAAUUGGCAUUAAAGAGAGAGAAUUUGUGUAUCGGUUCACUGCCGGAAACCAGUAUUUUGUCCUCACUGUUCCACUGAAGUUUCCAGUGCAAGAAAAUGCUAACCACCUGCACGGGCGCCUGAUGCUCCUUCAUGAUUUGCCAUGCUUCAUUGAAGAUGGUAAGGAUUUAAAAGAAUCCCUUAAUAAAUUCAUUGAGGAAGAAUCUAUGAAAGAUUAUGACAGAGAAGCAGAAGCAGCUCUGGAGGCUGUGAAGUCUGGCAAAGUUGAUUUGCACCACCUGACAAACUCAUGGGCCGGAGCUUAUACUGAGGCAACACUGGAACAUGCAAGGCCUGAAAAUCCCAGCUGGGAUGAAGACUUUGCAGAUGUGUAUCAUGAUCUGAUCCAUUCUCCUGCUUCUGAAACCCUCUUGAACCUGGAGCACAACUAUUUUGUUAGCAUAUCAGAAUUAAUAAGUGAAAGAGAUGUAGAACUGAAAAAGUUACGAGAAAGGCAAGGGACUGAAAUGGACAAGGUGAUGCAGGAAUUGGGGAAGUCGCUAACAGAUCAAGAUGUGAACAUGCUGGCUGCUCAGCACUUUGAUUCCCAGCAGGUUUUGGAGAACAAGUGGAACAAUGAACUGAAACAAACCACAGCCAUCCAGAAACAGGAGUAUCAGGAGUGGGUGGUGAAGCUUCACGAGGACUUAAAGAAUCCCAACAGCACUAUCAGUGAUGAAAUAAAGGUUCAGCCCAGUCAGUGGAGGGAAUCUGUAGAAGGUAAUGGGAGACUUUUUGAAGACCAGAGACAGCUGGAGGAAAGCUUCACAAUUCAUUUGGGAGCGCAACUGAAAACCAUGCACAACCUGAGAUUACUACGGGCAGAUAUGCUGGACUUCUGCAAGCAUAAACGGAGUCAUCGAAGUGGCGUCAAACUGCACCGGCUUCAAACGGCCUUGUCGCUUUACUCCACUUCUCUUUGUGGCCUGGUCCUCUUAGUAGAUAACCGCAUCAGUUCAUACAGUGGGAUUAAAAGAGAUUUUGCAACUGUUUGCCAGGAGUGUACGGACUUUCACUUUCCAGGGAUUCAGGAGCAACUUGAAGUCGUGCAGCAAGUUGUCCUUUAUGCUCGAGCACAACGCAGCAGUAAAUCCAAGAGACUGCACGAUGCGGCAAACAGAAAUAGUGGUAGCGAUGAUAAAUCUAAGAACUUGGAACAAAACCAAUCAAAUAUUUUGCCUGGGGAGUUUUACAUCACUCGCCACUCAAAUCUCUCUGAAAUCCAUGUUGCUUUUCACCUCUGUGUGGAUGAUAACGUGAGGUCGGGGAACAUCACAGCCCGGGAUCCCGCAAUAAUGGGCCUUCGAAACAUCCUCAAAGUGUGUUGCACACAUGACAUUACUACCGUGAGCAUUCCUCUUCUGCUGGUGCAUGAUAUGUCCGAGGAAAUGACGAUAUCUUGGUGUUUGAAAAGGGCUGAGCUGGUAUUUAAGUGUGUCAAAGGAUUCAUGAUGGAAAUGGCUUCGUGGGAUGGGGGGAUUUCUCGGACUGUACAGUUCCUGGUACCACAGAGUAUUUCAGAAGAAAUGUUUUACCAGCUGAGUAAUAUGUUGCCGCAGAUUUUCCGUGUCUCUUCUACGCUCACUCUGACAUCCAAACACUGAAUUACCUCGAGGGUUCUGGAAAAGAACUGUAGUUAGUGAAAAUAUGAACAUGGUUAUUUGUGCAAGACACUGACAGAAGUUAGGAUGAAAGGGGGUCUUUGGUCACACCAAAGCAGGCAUCUGCAUGCAGUGACAGGUUGUUGCCAAUUCCCCCCUUUUAGCUCCUCCCACUUCACUGAAUGCUGUUUUGGAGGAUCUGCUGGGAAGGAUUGCUGUAGGAAAGUGAUUGCCCUUGUUGAAUUGUCACUAAGAAAAAAACAGCAUCUGUUGCUAGAUUGGAUCAUUUGACCCAAACUUUUUUUAAUGAUGUUUCAUAUUUCAUGUGACACUUUUAUUUUCUUGCUGCUUUAAUGUCAUGGAAAAUACUUGCCUAUGAACAGUUAUUGAUAAAACCCCGUACUUGUGUAUGUACAUGCUGGGUAGAAAUGGCUACUCCCAUACCAUUUGCCUGGCCCAGGUACAUGUGUGGCAGUCCCAAACGCAUUUAGGGUGGAAAUACUGUUGGAAAUGGCAGCCUUGUGUCUAAUUUCUCCCACACUCAUACACCUCCAUAAUAUUUAAAAUAAACUCGGCAGUUUCCUGAUACCACAGCAUGUGGUGGGAGUGGAGACACACAAUAUCAUUGCAGGAGGCUACAGGUUAAUUGUUCUAAGCAUAGCAAAGGGAGAGAUGGGAAUUAGGCACAUAGCUUCCAUUUCUCUCAGCAGCCACGUGCAUAGCAUAACAUCUAAUUGUGACCUUAUUUAGAAGUGAAUACAGAGAGUGCAGUAUACUUUUUUUUUUCCAAAUCAGUAUGACUGUGGUUUGGAUCUUGUGGAGACAUUGCACUAAUGGAAUCAUGGGAUCCAGCCCAGUUAUUAAAGGAACCAAUUCAAUGUUUUUCUGUUGGUUCACUAGACGUGCUCUCUUGUUUAGUAAAGCAUGAAUUGUAAUGGGUAAAGAAGUCUUAGAAUUGUGAAAUAUUUCAAUAAGGCUUUGAUAAAAUGACUUGAGUAGGAGAAUGUGAAGCCCUUACUUUGUAGAGACCACAUAGAAAAUGAUGAUAUGCUCUCAUUCUAUAGAUUUGUGCCUCUAACUGGUUGUUAAUUUUUGCUACUGUUAGCCGAACUGCUUUAUCUACAACAGCUGGCAGACUAAAUUUAUAUGGGUUCCUGCCUGUGUAUACUGAAGUCCAGUCCACCCCAAGGAUUUCCCAGUAAAUUUGUCGAGACUGGUGAAUUCAAAACAAUCUGUCUUUUACUUAAGAAUAUAUCACAUUCAAACAAUACAGAUGCACACACACAUUCAAUCAAGUUUCCUUUGGAAUUACAGUAAUAGAAAUAGUUCUUUUUACUUAGGAGGUAGGUAGGUUACAGUUCAUACUUAUCUGUCCUGAAGCCUUGUCUGUUGCAAUGAAGAAUGAAGGGUAUAGAAAAUAGAACCUAGGGAUGUUGCUAAAUCACACUGCUAGAACCAGCCAGCGAGUGUGGACCUCUUAGCUGCGCAUACCAAGAGAUCAAGUAACAACAAAAGGGUUGUGGGAUAGCAAGCUGGACGUUAGGGGGUAAAAGCAGACAGGGGGUGAUGGAGGGUU